AUGGUAAAGCACCUCGCUUCACUUGAUUCUGGUAAUACUUUAACUAUGGAAGUUGAAUCGAGGAAGACCCCGAAGGUUCAGGGACAGUUAACUUGUACAAAUGUAUGCAAGGAGUAUGUUCACAGGCAGAACGGGCCUUUGAGCUUCUAUUUGAGAGACAGGUUCAAUGAAUUUGGGGUCGACAGCGGGCUUGCAGCAAAGGAGUUGAUACCAAAUCUUGAUCUUGCUAAGAAACACAUAUCUUUGCAGCUCCAUGUGGGUUUGCCGGAUAUCGAAGUUAAACAAUUAGUUUUGGCCGCUAUUGCUUUGAAAAGACUCGGUGCUAUUCUAUUUGUAUUUGGCCAUGGCUUUGGAGCCUUCCUCCUGUUUGUGUAUUUGCUGGUUAGCACUCCUUUUCUCUAUGACUUCUACAACUAUCGACCUGGAGAGCCCCAGUACGCUGAUCUUCUCGGUGAUUUUCUGCUGACUGUUGCGCAAUGCAGUGCAUUAUUGUUCUUCUGGGGGUUGAAGAGCUUGAUCACAAAGAGGCAACUAAGGAAGAAAGUCGUGAAGCCGAAAACUGCUUAGAUAUAUCGAAGUGGUAGCAGGUGAAGAUUGUUGAUUUGCAGUGUCAGGUAAAAAUACUAAAAAAAGUUCUUGAAGAGGUUGAAAGAGUGAUGCAAGAAUUCAAAGGCACGCUUUACAAAUCCAUGGAAGAUCCACAAAUAGACCUAACAAGUGUAAGCAUUU